AUGGCGAUCCGCUUUAUCGAGGAGCUGAUUCAUCUUACCCAAGGCAUUCCAGAAAUCCACAACUGGAGCCUAGCAACCUUCUACUCAGUAUUGGUCGCAAUUAUGUCCCUACUUGCAUUCCUGAAGCCGAACAUCAAGAAAGCCAACUCGGACGGCCGCACCGCCGCACUUCCUGUCAUAGCGACCGCGACUGGAACUAGUGUUAGCGCCGUUACAAAGCUGUUUGAAUCAUUGAAUGUGUCGGUUGAGGGUCACGGUGGCCCUCGGUGGCCCAUGUCCCGCGCGGGGGCUAUGACCCCCUGUGCAGGUGGCUCCUGUCCAUUCUAUUGGUGCGUUGUUGACGUGUGCUAG